GACUCCCUAGUGCUCGUCUGAGGAUGAUGUGUCUCAGAGUGUGAGUGAGGUCACAAGUCAGGAGGGGAGUAGUGAAAGUGAGGAGAGCAUGAGUGGACAACAGCAGAGAUGUCUACACCGGGAACCUUAUGGUGAGAGGGACAGGAAGGAGAUUGAUAGUGGUAAAAUGGAAGGGAGAUAUGCAACCGCCAAUGCAAUGUCUGUGAUGGUGAGCCGAGGGAGAGAAGAACUUAAUGCCAUGAGCUAUGCAGACAGGAUCAAAUAUUUCAAGGACGAGGCUAAGAGAAAUGAAGAGAUGAUGAAGAUUGAAAGGAGGAAGGAAAAAGCCAGGGACGAAGAGCUCAAAAAGUGGGAAAAGAGACAGAAGAAAUUGAAGAAAUUGAAUGAGGAGGAAAGGAAAAGGACAGAAAAUAUGGAAAAAAACAAGUUAGAGGAGCAGAGGAAAAGGGAGAAGGCAGAGAUGAAACUAAAGAUCGAACAUGAGAAAAAGAGACAAGAGCAAGAGAAAAAAAGAGAGAAAAAAGAAAGAAAGAAGCAGGAGAUGCAACAGAAGGCCCGUGCAAAAGAAGAGAAAAAGAGGGCAGAGGAAGAGAAAAAGAUGGAGGAAAAGAGGGCAGAGAUGUUGAAAAAGAUUGAGAAACAGAGGAUGGAGGAGAAGAGGAACAGGGAAAAGGAGAGAAUGAAGGUGUUGGAGAUGCAGCAAAAGGCACGAGAGAAAGAAGAGAAGAGGAGGAAAGAGGAACAGAAAAGGAGAUUGAAGAUACAGCAGGAACAAGAGAAGGAGGAACAGAAAAGGCAGACAAGGAUACGGGACGAGGAUAAGAAGAGAGCAGAGCUUCAAAGAAUAAAAGAUCACGAGGCCAGGUUCAAGAUGGAGAUGGAGAAACUGUAUGAGAGAGAAGAGAGGAAUGCACAGAUUGAAAGAGAAAAGAGGCGUGCGCUGUGUCAGAAAAAAGGGCAGACACAGAGAGCAAAACAGGUGGUGGCAUACGAGGUCACAGCGUCUACAUCUGACGCCUCUGUGCGGAGGGAAGAGAGGGAGCAGCGUCCAGAGACCGCUCCCGCACAGUCUGCGAAGAGGAGAACAAGGAAGAAGCAGAAGAAAGCGGCGGACGAGGCAUUGACAACUUUUGAGUAGAUGACAAAAGAAAAUACUAACAAAAAAAAUGAGAAAAUAAGCAAAAGGAGGAAAAUAUUAUAAGGAAGCCAGACAUGAGGGUGAAGAGGAGGAAACAUGAGAGAGGAGGAAGGGAGACCAGAGUGGUUUAUCAGGAGGUCAGUAGAAGAUACAGAAUUCAAGUUCUGAUGGACAGAAUCAGGAAGGACCAUGGGAUAAAAGCCUGUUCAAGUCUGAGAUAGAUGAAAGAGCAGCCAAAGAACAGAUCUGUUGAAGCAUCAAUAGGAAAGGAUGUAAGGGAGGGAGGCAGGAAGAGGAAAACACAGAAGAGCAGAUGAGGUAAGUGCUUGGGCUUGUGAUGAGAGGAUAGGGGCUCCAGAACUGGGGUUCAUGAUUGAAAAUUCUCAGACAAAUGUAUUACUGUGAAUCCCAUUCGUUCAAUGACUGU